AUGAGAGCGUCCAAGAUCUUGCAGACGGCCUCGGCCGCCUCGCACGUCGUCCCCGUCAACCAGAAAUACACCGUGCAAUCCUACGGCAUAUGGGAGAGAAUUCGACGGGCCUUUGCCGUUGAUCCCACUCGCUCUAACGGUGUCCCAUUGAACGCCCAGUUUCGAAACCCAGCGCCAGGAGCCCUUGAGCCGCAGACAUACGAUGACCCCGUCACCAUUCCCGCUGCUGAUAUCGCAGAUAACCCAUACUGGAAGCGAGACGUACGAAGAGCUUAUCCCCAGGUCAGCGUGGUCAAGCAGGCGGAUGUUGUUGGCCUCUUGACCUACGGUAGUAAGGCGGAACCAAAGGAUAGUCUUCUUGCCGGCGAGGCAGGCACGCAGCAGCUGGUACAGACACAGCAAACGGCAGAGGAGCGUGGACUCGCUGCGCAUUUCCAGGAGAAGGCCAGCUCCGGAGCUGACGUCCUUGGUACUCAAGCAUUGGCGGAAAUAGCAUAUCACUGCCUUGAUGCUGCUCUUCUCUUCUCUUCGGUUUAUGCUGGUAUCCCGUAUAUCGCCAUGAAACAAGUACUUCGUGAUCUUCAUCUUACCAAUAGCGCUCACCUUUGCAUAACAACUUCCACCAAAUCUUAA